AUGUCCGACGUUCCUUCCACCAGCCAUCAGCCCGACCUCAACAGCGGUGUCCGUGACUCUAACACGAGGAGCAGCAUGGGGCCACAGCAAGUAGGUGACAGCGGCAGGGGAGACGCCUCCCUGGGCCAGGCCCAGGCAGCCUCCGGGAGCAGGUCACCCCACACCUUGCUACCCCAAGAGCACAAGGAGCGGGCAGAGCGUCGCUCCCUGGUGCGCUACCUGCAGUGCCGCUCCGUGGGCGCACCAGGCCGCUUCCGUCUCCAGGGCGUUGAGCACCAGCUGCACAGCAGGGCAGUAUCGAUGCUGCCCGAGCUGCUGACUGAACGCAGGCUGGGCCUGGGCACUGUGGACAAGGUGUUCGCGUCGCAAUGGCUGGAUGCGAGCCAAGUGGUGUGUGGCACCAAGUGCAGCACGCUCUUCGUGCUGAACGUGAAAACGGGCCACAUCAUGCCUAUUCCCCUGAUGCAGGACAGGAGGGUCAGAAGGGCCCAUGCUCUUCCUCCCUCUGGCAUCUGCGCCAUUGAGCUGAAUCCCUCCGAGACGCUGCUGGCCACUGGGGGGGAAAACUCCAGCAGCCUCGCCGUCUACCAGCUGCCCGAACUGGACCCCUUGUGCCUGGGUGACCGCCGUAGCCACAGGGACGCGAUCACCUCCAUCGCAUGGAUUGGUGACAACGUGGCCGUGAGUGGCUCUUGGGAUGGGACCUUGGCAGUAUGGGAAGUGGAUCCUGACAGGAUGUCUAGCAGCCAUGCGGGGCGCAGCGAGCAAAGGCUUCCCGUGUACGCUCACAUCAGUCCAAGGGCUCUAGAGGUCUUCCCUGCAGGCAGUCAUUACCCUGGUCACACCAGAGUGCGAGCGCUGGUUUUCAAUAGGAAGAGGCAGGAACUGGGAGCGCUGUCCCUGAGUGGCUGCUUCCAACUCUGGAAAGCCCAGGGCACCCUGACCAGGCUGAAAUUUCAUAGGCUGCCCUUUGAUGAAGCAAGCACGUGCAUGACGUACUGUGACGACUUUUCCCUGUAUGCCGUGGGCUUCCAGUCACAUAUCUCUUUAUUGGAUCUGCGGCAAGGCAACCCUAGUAUUGGGAUGCAGCCUAUGUGCUACCUCCAGUGUGGCAUUGACGUGCGCUCCAUGAGUGCCCACCAGCAUAUAAUUACCAUGGGCACAGGCCACGGCAGGCUGUUCUUCUUCGACAUCCGCACACGGAGGUUCCUGGAAGAGAGGUCUGUGAACAGCCCAGACGCCUUCCCUGAGCCCUCGGGCAGGAAGCUCAGGCUCACUUGUACCAAAGGCUGGAUCAACCAAGAUGACCUCUGGGCCAAUGGUUUCCGUGGCAACGAGGAUCCGCCUUAUGCCGUUUACACCCACUGCUACAACUGGCCUGAGAUGAAGCUCUUCGUGGGAGGAGGGCCUCUCCCCUUAGAACUGCGUGGGAACUACGCAGGCAUCUGGACCUAA